UCUGGCUGGCCCUCUUGGGGGAUCCCGGCCGGGAGGGGAGACUGCGGGGCCGCCUGUGGAGCGAUGCCAGGCCCCUGGGCGCUGGGCGCGGUGGUAGCCGCGCUGGUGGCCUCGAUGCUCCUGCUGCAGCGUGGGGACGAGGGGUCCGGGGCUGGCCCCAGCAUGGCGGACAAGGAGGCCCUGCCUAAGCUUCGGGAGGACUUCAAGAUGCAGAAUAAAUCCGUCUUUAUUUUGGGCGCCAGCGGGGAAACCGGCAGAGUACUUUUAAAAGAAAUCCUGGGACAGAACCUGUUUUCCAAAGUCACGCUCAUUGGACGGAGGAAGCUCACAUUCGAGGAGGAAGCUUAUAAAAAUGUGAAUCAAGAAGUGGUGGACUUUGAGAAGCUGGACGACUACACAGCUGCCUUUCAAGGUCAUGAUGUUGGCUUCUGUUGCCUGGGCACCACCAGAGGAAAAGCCGGAGUGAAGGGGUCCUGUGCCUGCUUAGCUGGUGCAGUCCUAAGAAGCACGUCCUCCAAAAGCGCGGCAGCUCUCAGCUGCAGGCUCAAGCCUGGCUUUGAUGAUGACUCAGCAAAGUGUGGAGCUCCACUCUACGACUUUCAAAGCCUGCUGUGGUGUGCACCUGUAAUCCCAGCACUUGAGGCGAAAGCUGAAGGACCCAGGAGUCCAAGGCUAUGCUCUAAGGGUGGCAUCAGCCUGGAGUUU